AUGGAUGGGGACACCGAAGUGUUGACGCACAAUAUCAUGAAACCCGCGCCGGCGGUCGUCGAUAGCUUCAACCUGCACGCGGUGAUCAGUGCAACGCAACACGGACACGUCGAUCAGGUUGAGAACGCUCUGAAACAGGGAUUAUCGCCAAAUGCCACUGAUGACGUGAGUUGGUUCGCUUUUUGCAGGGGUUUCCUUCAGAUUUAUCAACUUUGGAUGAGAUGCCCUUGGAAAACUUCCAAAAUAUCCGGUAGCAGUAUUUUACAACAUUCCUCAUCAGAAAAUUCACCAACAAAUCAGUACAAACCUCGAAAACUGCUCAAAUUUCAGGAUGGCUGCUCCUUGCUUCAUUGGGCGGCUAUAAACAACCGACUCGAAGUGGCACGAUUGUAAGAUCACGUUCAUCAAUUCAACUAAAACCCUUAUUCAAUUCCAGACUGCUUUCCUACAGCGCUGACCCGAAUCUCGUCGGCGGAGUGCUCGCCUCUUCGCCAAUUCACUGGGCAGCUAGGAAUGGACUCGUCGCCAUGUGUGCUUUGCUCGUUACGGUUCGUUAACAAGUUAUAGAUCGAAUUUAGACGAAGAAUAUUUCCAGGGAGGCGCCGUUUGCAAUGUCAGAGACAUACAAGGCUACACACCGGUUCAUCUCGCUCUGCAGGGAAAUCAUGUGCCGUUGGUCGCGUAUUUUUUGCUCAAAUUCGACUACGCCAAGGAUAUCAGUGACAAUAGCGGUGGGAUUUUCGAGAUUUCAUGGCCACCCACUCAAUUUGGAUGUUUCAGGAAUGACGCCGGCGAUGAUGUGUGCCAAACGGACGUUCACCAUGUUCCCAAUGCGAUUGAUUGUCCGAGCGGGUGCCGAUUUAGCGCUUAAGGAGCAUUUCAGUGGAAACACGGCCCUUCAUCUUGCUGUUUCGGAUAGAAAUUCAUCGGCAGUUAUGUAAGUUUAGCUAGAAUCAGAUUUGAAACGUCCCGGCCUGACAGGCAACAACUUUGAGCAACUUUGCUGCAACCGUAUUUUGUUUAAAAUGGAACUUCCAGAUCAGCAAAAUUUAUGGGUGUAGCUAGAAUGCAUAGCUAAACGUUUCAAUGUUUUUCAGCGAGCUAUUGGAAGGAAAGGCAGAUGUGAACAUUAGGAAUAAGCAGUCAGAGACCCCGCUGGAUAUGGCCAGAGCGACUAAGAGUCCGCAGAUUCUAGGUGAGACCCGGUUUCUAAAAAUAAUCUUAGAAAUUUGCAUAUUUCAGAUAUGAUGGAAGAAGCAGCUCGUCGUCAAGGCGUCAACCGGACCAACUGCUUCCGAAAACUAUUCGUCCCUCCCGUCAGCACAUAUUUCUUCUCCGUGGUCCCUCUCCUGGGCUUCCUCAUCAUCUAUCUCCUCUUCAAAUCCUUGCCAUUGAUCGUCGCCACCUUCUCCACACUGAUCUCGUGUAUCUUCCUCAUGGUUCUCAUCCGCUUCGACUACCACGACCCGACGUACAAACUGCUUCCCUACGGCGUCACCAUUGCCGAGGCGCUUCUCAUGAUCUUUUCGUGGUGAGUUUUUGUCUUCUUGAAAUCGCUUUCACUCAAAAACGGCUAAAACUAAGGUCAGAUGCAUAUCUUCUUUCCGAGUAAACUAGACGGGUUUACAUGUGGUGCCAGAUGCAUCACAGUAUUUAGAUCGGUAUCGCAUCUGGAUUUUGUGAGAUGCAUGCAUGACCUUCUCGCUUUCUAAAGGAGAAUCAUGAGGGAUUUUUCAAUUGUGUUUCUGAAUAAGGUGGCGUCUCUGGUUCGGAAAAUCGCUCGUUUUUCCAAACAAUUGCAAAACGGGACCAGCCGAAUUUCGACGAGUCCAAAUGUUUUAAUGUUUUCAUAAUUCCAGGUCGGCGUAUGCUCAUUGGUACGUGCCAUGGUGGGCUCAGUUGAUGUUUGUGCUCUCGGUCCUUGCUCUCGGGUUCACGCUAUUCAGGUGAGAGAGAGAGAGAGAGAGAGAGAGAGAGAGAGAAAGAGACUCGACGGUCUUUUUUUGGAGCAGGGGUCGUUAAAAAUUCAUGAACAAUUGUGAAAGAGGAGAGCUAAAAUGUGUGCAUUUCAGGAUAGGAACCCUAGAUCCGGGGGUCGUGAGAGCCGCCAAGAAUUCUCAUCAACUGUACGUGAAUGAGGCGGAAGCUGGCAUUCAGCAUCAACAAAAGUACUGCUUUUCGUGUUUUAUUCGCAAAAUGGAACACACGAAACAUUGCGCCGUGUGUGGAUAGUAAGUUUUUAGCAUCCUUACCAAAGAAAAUAUCUUCUUUCUUCUUUUCAGCUGCGUGAACAACUUUGACCACCACUGCCCAUGGCUCAAUAGCUGUAUCACGCGUCGCAACAUGAGAGAAUUCAUCAUGUUCGUCAUAGCAGUCGCCAUGUCGGCGACCAUCUAUUGCCUGGCAACCAGCCACUAUGCUAUUCUGCAAAUUGAGAGUCAAGGACUUGGUAAGAACACAAACUCGAGGGACCUUACUGUGACACUUUCUUUCCAGACCAGUUUCUGGAGACGGACGCCUUCCUGAUGAUCACGAUCAUACUCUCUGCGAUGCAUUCGUUCAUGCUCUCCGUGCUGUUUUGUGUCCAGAUGAAUCAGAUCUCGCAAGGAGUGACUACAAACGAACGCAUCAAAGCGCGUCGUGCGGGUCACUCACAUUCUGCCAGCAGCACCUCGGACUACAAUGUGAUCCAUCACAAGCCGAGCAUCUCCACGCGAUGCCACAAUCUUCUCGAGUUUUUCUCCUCAAAUGGUGAUCCGAACUGGUGAUACCUCUUAUUUCACUUGCUCCCUUUCCCCCAAACCUUUACUUGCCCACUUCUUGAUCCGAAUUUCACUUGUGUUCUGAUUUGCACUUUUUUCCAUCGUCCUAAUCAAAAUUUUAGCAUAACUUUUUUUGUGUGGUUGUGAAUACCCCGUUUUUCUUUGUUCACACCGCCUUGAGUGUGAAAUGUGUCUUCUUUUUUGUACAUUCCGGUUAGAAUCAAAAUGCUUAGAGAUUCCCGAAGCGCUUCCUCUUUCUCUCUCUCUCUCUCUCUCUCCCUCUCACUUUUUUGUGUAUUCCUGAGAUCUCCGACCACUAUUAACGCUGACUUAGACGUGAAUAAACACUGAUUUUAAAGCACGAUGUCAAUUUUUUCUCGUUUUUAGCAGUCUAAAUCUAUUCAGGAAGUUUUCAUUUUGUUUGGUCUGUUGUCAGUCCAUCUGCGAUAUUAUUUGUGCUCAAAGCGGCAUCUGUUCACUUCUAUUAUGGACAUGGGCUUUCGAAUUACACGAGCGCAAGUGAUGACAGCAUUUUCUGACUGGGGACUUUGAAUUGACCGAAAAAAUGUGACAAUUUGGACAGCGAGUCUUUGGACCGACACCGCAGGCAAAUUUUCACGUGUAAUUGGACAAUUGCAAAGAGAAUCAUCAAAAGAUAGCUCCUCCGACUUGAGUUAUCUCAUUUUCUCACGCAGAACUGAUCAAAAACAUAAUUGAACAGGUUGAUAGUGUCUAGAGGUCCCCUAACGUUAUCUUCGAGUUAAUUGUCUGAGAAAAAGCACGGAGCUGCUUGAACUACACAUGAAAUCAUCGGUGUGUUCCUCACAGAGCUCGAAUUGCCAAAAUAGUUAUCCAUGGACCAGCAACUAAUCUAAUCUGUGAUGUGCUAUGAGCUUCCGCACUUUUGAUUGAUGGAAAAGUUCCAUUUCCGACCAAGCCGUCGCUUUUCUUUGAGUUCCGCUGCCUUCCAAAGCUACUAAGCCCUAUUCCAAGACGCUGAUGACUUUCGGCAAAAAGCCCCUCUUCGAACAUUCCUCACUAUCCACCUCUUCUCCUGCCUUUCUUCUUCUUAUCGUCCGCCCUGCACCUUCGGAGCGCCACCUCAGUCGCCCGCGAUCAAUUUCGGCCGUCGUUGCCGCGCACCCCUCCCCACGCGGCCUGCCGCCGCGCUGACCUUUCUCCUCUCACCGCCUGCGUCUCCCCUCUCGGCACAGUGUCUGCGCUGCGACUCUCCAGUGUGCACAAGGAGAACGAACGUAGUGUCCUACGACGCUCCAAUUCUUACGGAGUGCUUGGUGUUUAGCGACCUGUAAUUUGAAUAGAACAGUCGUUGGUUCGUGUCUCUUGUCUUAUUUUCUCUUCUUUCUGCUUUCGGGGAACUGUCCUCUGCUUCCGAUUGCUUCCUUCUAUGGUUCUCCCUCCGGCGCUUAUGUUUUCUCCGUUGUUUCUUAAGAUUCAAUUGCAAACGCCACAUUUUUGCAGGAAAGUGUGCAUGAACAGCAUAUCACUACUAACACCUCCGAUGGAUGAUCCGAACCCACCUGAAAAAGAGGUAAGCAAUCAACAUUCCGCCGCCAACUAACAUUUCCCAUCUUUCAGCCCGGUUUCUACAGAAAAUGGCAAGUUCUACCUGCAUUAACACCAUCCGAACUACACAAGCUCCGAUACCUUGGAGAGUGAGUUGCCCCGAAUCACAAACCUUUUCAACGCCAAUGAUUUCAGACCGAUCACUUUCUGUGUUGCGUUUGACGUUCACUGCAAAAAGGAUCCGGCCGAACUCACCGAGGAACUGCUUCUCUUUUUCGCCAAGGGUCGCUCAAUCCUGGAGAAAUACGCUAUAGACAUGAAAAGUCUCUACAACACGUAUAAAUACAAGACGAUGGAGCGGCGCGUGUUCUUUGCAAUGAUGGCUCAGUGCCACCUCGUCAUUCUUGCGAACGAUUGGACCGGCGCCAUGGAGAUGUACCAGAAGACGCUCGAUUUUAACCCUCUAUUGUUCCAACGUCAGCCCAGCUUGUACUACGGUCUUGGGCUCGUCUACUUGCACUUCAAACAUUACAAAUGGUAUGCUGACGUACCGAUAAUGCUGUCAAUUAGUGGUUUUCAGGGCGAUCGAAGCGUUCCAGCGUUCCUUGUAUUGCUUUCCGACUGGUCCGACCGCAAUGGAGUGCAAGCUGCGUCUGGCGAUUUGCUACAUGGAAGCUGAAGAGUGGCAAAAGGCUAUCAACGUAAGUUUGUCGUCUCUGAAAGAAGGGAUUGAUCAGAAAUGUACAACGACAAGCUCAACGGGAAAGAAAGAGGCGGCUCGCAACCAAAAAGAAGAAGAUGAAUGGGUGAAAAUCGAGAGUGGAGCAGGCUGGUCAGUGCGGACGCGAAGGGAACGAAGCUGCCAGUCCGUGCACCUGUCAUGACGGUCUUGUGAACACUUGCGCUCCCUCUCACACUGGGAACUCACUGUGAGCCUGUCCUGAGACCCUGACAGAACACGCGCCAUACUUAAUCGACAAUAAAACCAGCAUGAGAUUGUACUUGGCUGUUUGAGAGGAAUAUAAAAGUAAUGAUAAGGCAUUUUGAGAAGAAAUGCCGCAUGCAACAUCUUUUCCCGCUUCAACAGAUCUCAACAAGAUUGAUAAAGACUGAUUCCUGAUAUAUGGGGAAAAGUCGGAAGCAAUAAUGAAAACGGGAGUGUGCAUAUGUGGCAGGAAACACCCACUUUGUCAACUGAAUGAUUUUCCUAGUGUAUCAAAUUUCACAAGGGACGGGUGAGAUUCAAAUAGUCUGUAAGUUGGGCAAACGUUGAUUAGUGGGCCUACGACGGCGCUGGUCGUGGUCAGAAAGAGACGUUGAGAAGCGAUCGACAAAUAAACCUGUUUUUCGGCGCGAGACCACACAUGUGUUUGUCAGAGGGCUGGUUGCAGCAAUGCAAACGCGCCCUAUUGCACACGAAAUCAAAAAAUUGGUGAAUAUGUUGCAUUUAGAGCAAAUAAUCCACGGAAAAACUGAAUAUUCGAAUGAGAAAUACUAAAUUUCAGCUCUUCUACUUGGUUCUUGGCGAAUCGGACGAGUCAAGAUUUAUGUCGAAGCGAGUGCUCAGAUACAAUCUGGCUCUUGCUCACGAGAACAAUGAGGACCUCGAUAUUGCAGAGAAGAAGUACAAGGAGUUGCUUCCGGAUGUAAAACCUCACUUACUUCCACGCACAGUUCAACUCAUCAAUUUUCAGCUCGAACACGUAACCUACAACCGAUUCCAGCCUGACGAACUUGAGAUUUGCAAGAAGAUGAAAGCGGCGAUUCUUCGGCAGAUCGGUUGGGUUCACUAUCGACGGUCGUACAAGGAUGAGGCCAACAAGAAGGACCAUCUCGCAAAAGCUCAGGAGAGUCUGCUCAAAGCACAAGAGGCGGAUCUGAAGGACGGCCUGACCUAUUACUAUUUGGGUCGUGUCUACGGAGAGGCCGAAUCAACUGUUAGUACAGGGCAAUUGAACGAGGAGGUCCUGCUUUAGAAUCGGUUAUGCAUUGAUGCACGUGUUGUCGUCGUGAUCUAGUGCUGUUUUCCCUUAUUUUCACACCUUUGUCAUUCUGCUAGACGCUUACGAGCUACAAACUCGAACUUUGCCGAAGCCUAAGGAAUCAACAGUCAUUGCUGUGUGUUCCAACUCCAAGUCUCAAACCAUGCUUCAAUUAGGGGUGUCCUACAAACUCUCACCUCUGUAGACUUUCCCACUCCUCAAACAAGGUUUUAGAUCAUGUGGAACUCCUAACUGAGCUUGGUUUCAGACUCGUUGCCCCCAAGGUUGCAAUCUUUGCGAACGAGUAGUUCGUAUGGCAUUUUCGUGGGUGAGAUUUUCAACUGGGGGAGGGGGGAAAAUAAUAGAAAACAUGUGGAAGUGUUGGAUAGACGGAAGGACUGGCAAUAAUUCGACUUGACUUGGGGAAAAUAUAAAUGGGUUUCCAACGCGACUCCUAUUCACAUAAACGCACGAUCAUCACUAUUUUUGAGCACAACUGCAUGCAAUGCACGAAAAAUUCACUCACAUUAUUAUCAGUGUGCCACCACUCGCUCUUCUUCACUCACCAGACAAAUAGCAAACUUUCAGGCACAGGAGGCGUUUAUCAACUAUCGGCAGUCGAUCGACAAAGCCGAACAAAAUGCGGACACUUGGUGUUCAAUCGGAGCGCUUUAUCAGAGACAAAGUCAACCAAUAGAUGCUCUGCAGGUUUGUCAUGUGGUGGUGGUGGUAGGCCGGUUGUAGGGCUCGAUGUAGAGACUGAGAAAUGAGAAGAAAAAGAAAUGAAAAAGGGAUGAAGACGAAGAAGAAGAAGAAGUAGAAGGAGAAGACCCCGGGGGAAAUUAGAAGUGGGCAUUGGAGCAUGAAGAUAUGCUCGUGAUAUGUGGUGUGGCGAGGUGAUAAUGACAUUGAAGAAUUGGAACAAGUAUAUAGCACAAACCGAGGCGAGCAGCAGCAUAGAGGAAGGGGGGGGGGCAGCAUAGACUCAACCAUCAGUUGACUAGUGCAUUUCUUACACACUGGGUGGCGUUUGGCGGGCGGACCGGCCGAUCUGCCUCCGAUUAUUGGCCGCAAUUAUUUUUUCAACUUUUCUUCAGGCCUUUGUAUGCGCUGUCGAACUCAAUCCCGGACUAUCGGCCGCGUGGACUGACCUCGGAGAGUUGUACGAGCGGAAUGCGCAGUUUAAGGAUGCACUCGACUGUUUCAGAAAUGCGGUGAAGAAUAAUCCAGGUACAUGAUUGAAUCAAAAUAAAAAUGAGUUUAUUUGUUUUCAGUGGCCCCGGAACCUCUGAAAGCCCGCGUGCAUUUCCUGGACAAGGAGCUUGCAAUGCCGACACCCGCUCGUCCGGCCACACACAGUAUCCCGUUCGAACGUGACAUUCCGAGCUUGAAAGAGGCCUACGACCAGCCGAUCCCGUCGGAACUACGCAAUCGACAGGACGAGGCGUACAAUGUGUGUGAUCAUCAUGCCAAGACAUAUUUGAAGAAAUAUGUAACUGGUUUUUUUUUGCAGGGUAGAGAAACGCGCUACGACAAUGCGUUCUGGGAGUUGUGGGACAAAAAGAAACUUGAAGAGAGACGGUCACCGAGACACGAUGAGCAAAUGCUGGAACCGCAAGAGCUGGACAAUCUAGAGCAGGAAGUUCUCUAUCUGCUUCGUAUGAACCAGAAAGAUCUGAUCCCAGCCGAACAGGACGUGUAUGAGUGUCUUCACACUGCCGAGCUCACAUUCAGGGUAAGGAGGAUGAAACGACAAAUACGACAUCGGUGUCAUGAUUUGGAGCCGAACCAAGCCAAAAGGAAAGAAAUGAGCCCUGCACUCAUGAGCAUAUGCUCUCGCGCUUUCUCUCUUUCCUCAACCAGCCUCUUGCGCUUUUUCUUUAGAAAGCGAAGAAUUCGUCUCGCUAUUUCUAUUUUGCCAAUUGGAUUGCUCGUGAGGCAAGAAAGAGGAGAAGGGUGCGAGGGAGAAUGUGUGUGCUUAGAGCAAAGCCCGUAUGUGUGUGGAUGUGGCGUGGCUAAUGUAGAAGUAGAGGGAAAUGCGGCAAUGAGUCUAAUUAAAGCAUGCUGCGACGAUUUCUUUUGAGGGGAACAAAAUCCUCGAAUGACGUCAAUACGCACAUUUUUGUUUCAGCUUGGAAUUGUCGAUGCGACCCUCUCGCUUGUCCCUCGAGAAAUGCCACGUGUUACCGAUUCGAUGAUUGACCGCCUGCGAGCGACUGGCCACUUUUUCGAGAACGCCAGAUGCUAUCCGUACCCAUUUGUACCGCUCAUUGCGUUCAGCACUUUCCCCGAAAGCUUCAGUAUCCUUGCCGACAUCAAGGUCUCGUUGGACAUCACUGCUUCAGAGAUCCUUGCGUCGGUCCACAAACGGUGCAUCCCUAACGCAUCAUACCAACCGAUCAUGGAUGAGAUCGCGGUUCUGCCGAAAGCCCCGAUGGGCCCGGAGAUACCAAUUGCAACAGAGGAGGAAGUGAAGAAGGCUCUGGAGAAGGGAGAACGUCAUCCGCUGAUUCUGAAAACAUCUAUUCUCACGGUGGACAGCCGCAGUCAAGCACAUUGCGUGGAACUUCAGCGUUUCUUGGAUACAAACACAAUCUCAUGCAUCCGCGGGCUGACUUCAGUCCUCCGCCUCGAUCUUUCACUGUUCUCCACCAGAUCCGUGUGCGAAAUUGCCGGCCAACAAGAGAUUGAAGUGCUGACCCAGUACAAUCUUCCACCGGAGACCAACUGUGAUCAUGCGAGUCAGCCGACAUGGAAGUGCAUCUCGGAGUCACAUUGCUCGACCAUCAACAAUUAUGCUAACUAUCAGGGAGACAUGUUCAAGCACACUUUGAAAAGUGAGGUAGAGAAGAUGCGCAAGACGCCGGGAUGCAGCAAUCGGGGACCGUCGCCGAAGCGCCUGAAAGCGGAGAAAGUCUACAAAAGAGCGUGUUCGCCGCCGAAGGUGUUGAAGAGUCUCAAAUUUGGAACGAGCAUAGACAUGUCGGACGAUAACAAGUGGAAGGCACAGAUUAGUGUGAGUUGGGCUUAUCAGAUGGAUAAGAAACUUCGAUGACAAAAUAGGCAAAAAUGAAGAUAAAAUGGAAAACUGGAGAUGGUCGGAAAACGUGUGGAGGGAGGGAUAACAUAUCUCAGAAAACCGGAUAAGCACAUGAGAGUUGAUGACGUGCGAUGUAAAUUGCAACGGAUAUAAUCCAAAACUUUGCAGAACUUGUUUCCGGUAUUCCGGUCCUUUCAUGGAAAUUGUUUUUUGUUCAGGAGCUCGCAAAACUUCCCGCCUUCUGUCGUCUCAUUGCCGGACCGAACAUGCUCUCUCAUCUCGGUCAUCAAAUCAUCGGGAUGAACACCGUCAAGUUGUACAUGAAAGUGCCGGGUGCACGUACUUGUGCUCAUCAGGAGAACGGCUUUGUCGCUUCGAUCAACAUCAACGUGGGACCAGGCGACUGUGAAUGGUUUGCCGUGCCCUACGAAUACUGGGGUUUGAUGGAGGAACUGUGCGAGAAGCAUGGCGUGGACUUCUUCAAAGGACCCUACUGGCCGAUUAUGGACGAUUUGCUGGACGAGGGAGUGCCUGUUCAUCGAUUCACUCAGAAGGCCGGCGAUAUGGUGUACGUGAGCGGAGGAGCGAUCCACUGGGUCCAGGCGACGGGAUGGUGCAACAACAUCUCGUGGAAUGUGGCGCCACUCAACAAUCAACAAUUGACGAGAUCGCUGUUCAGCUACGAAUACUACAAGUUCCGCAAUAUCCGUUGCCAAGUGCCAAUGCAACUACUAUGCUGGCAAUUGGCCAAGAACGUUCGGUUCACCAACCAACAACUGUUCAACACGUGCAAAGGAGUCUUGAUUCGGUGAGUAACGGACAUGUCAAGAAUACUUUUUCAUGAACCAUUCGGUAUUUCAGCUCUCUCGCUUUCCUCAAAAUGGUCAACGAGUUUGUGCUCGCAGCCAAAAAGAAGAUCAAGCCUCAUGAGCGAACCAGCCAGGAUCAAGCACAUUUCUGCUCGAGCUGUGAAUCUGAAGUGUUCAGCAUUCUAUUCGUCAAGGAUGUCAAUGACAAAUUUGUCGUUUAUUGUGUCUACUGCGCCAAAACGUGAGUUUGAUGGCUGAUGCUUAUGUAUUUUACGUCCACAAUUUCAGGCAGAAGAACUUUGACGAAUUCAUCGUGAUGCAGGAGUUCUCGUUCGCCGACCUCUCCACAAUUUAUGAGGGCAUGAAGUACAUUCUGCCAAAUAACGCUAAAAUGAACUUUGUCGCCUAA